AUGGCUGGGAGUGCCGGAUGCACAUCUGGGAGCACAGAGAGCCCUUUUGGAGCACAAGGAGCGAAAGAAGGGUUUGGAAGCGCUAGGAGCGCAUUUAGGAGCACCGAUGGGGCGUUUGAGAGCGCUAUGAGCACCGGGAGAGCAUUUUGGAGCGUUUGUAGCAACGGAAGCGCUAUUGGGACAGUAAGAAGCCAAUUUUGGAGCGUAAUAAGCGCAUUUUAUAGCGCCGGGAGCGCAUUUGUGAGCGCUAUGAGCAACGGAAGCGCUUUUGGGACAGUAAGAAGCAUAUUUUGGAGCGUAAUAAGCGCAUUUGAGAGCGCCGGGAGCGUAUUAGGGAGUGACGGGAGCCCAUUUGUGAGCGCUAGGAGCAACGGAAGCGCUAUUGGGACAGUAAGAAGCAUAUUUUGGAGCAUAAUAAGCGCAUUUGAGAGCGCCGGGAGCGUAUUAGGGAGCGACGGGAGCGCAUUUGGGAGCGCCAGGAGCGCAUAUGGGAGCGCCGGGAGAGUAUUUGAGAGCACCGGGAGUGCAUUUGGGAGCGCCUGGAGCGCAUUUGUGAGCGCCGGGAGCGCAUUUGGGAGCGCUAGGAGCAACGGAAGCGCUAUUGGGCCAGUAAGAAGCGCAUUUUUGAGCGUAAUAAGCGCAUUUGAGAGCGCCGUGAGCGUAUUUGGGAGCGCUAGGAGCAACGGAAGCGCUAUUGGGACAGUAAGAAGCGUAUUUUGGAGCGUAAGAAGCGCAUUUGGGAGCGCCGGGAGCGCAUUUGGUAGCAAUAGGAGCAACGGAAGCGCUAAUGGGACAGUGAGAAGCGCAUUUUGGAGCGUAAUAAGCGCAUUUGAGAGCGCCGGGAGCGCAUUUGGGAGCGCCGGGAGCGCAUUUAGGAGCGCCGGGAGCGUAUUUGAGAGCGCCGGGAGCGCAUUAGGGAGCGCCGGGAGCGCAUUUGGGAGCGCUAGGAACAACAGAAGCGCUAUUGGGCAAGUAAGAAGCGCAUUUUGGAGCGUAAGAAGCGCAUUUGAGAGCGCCGUGAGCGUAUUUGGCAGCGCUAGGAGCAACGGAAGCGCUAUUGGGACAGUUAGAAGCGCAUUUUGGAGCGUAAGAAGCGCAUUUGAGAGCGCCGGUAGCGCAUUUUGGAGAACCAAGAGCACGGGGUGCAUUUUGGAGCGCAAACUUGAGCGUAAGAAGCGCAUUUGA